GAGCGCCCCCCCCCCACGCAGGGGCGCCGGGGCCGCCGCGCCCCGUCGGCCCAUGGCGCGGGCGGGAGCUCCGCCCGCGCGCCCGAGCCGGCGGCGGCGCCCGGCGGACGAGUCCUCCUCCUCCCGGCCCGGCGCGCAGGGCCGAGUGCGGCGCCCGGCGGGCCGAGAUCGCCCGGCGGCUGGGGGAGGUGGAGCGCGCGCUGGAGGCGCCGGCGCCGGCGGGCGCGGCGCGUGCAGGUUCUCGCGCGGGCGCGCUGGCCCUGGCCCUUCAGAGGGUGACCGGCUUCUGCACAGCCGCGAGGGCUCUGAGGACGCUGGACGACCACGAGGCGCCCUGCGCGGAGUACGCCGAGUUCCUGGCGCAGCUUGCGCUGUACAGGGAGGGGCUGGCGCGGCUGUGCCGCGGCCUUGGGGCAGCGGGGGCGGUCGAGGAGUGCGCAGAGCCCGCCGCCCGGCCGAGGU